CAAGGUUCUGAAAACCAAAUUAUAAAAUUGAAUUUUAAACUUUCGGUAUCCACCUUCUGAUUAACAAAACCAAAUCCCAAAAUGUAUCCAAAUUAGCGAACUAAAUUAAUUAGAAUGUUGUAAGUGGAAAGGGACACCAAUUUACAAGACCAUCUCUAAAAUGCCUUCAAAGAAGUGUUACUGUCCAGUCACCCACGUCAUUUUCGACUGCGAUGGAACAUUGAUAGACAGCGAAACAGUAUAUCUAAAAACCAUCAAUGAGUUGCUAUCUCCCUUUGGCAAAACCUACACACAUGCCCAUCAGGCUGCUCAUAUGGGAAUGCCAGCGAACAUGUUUGCAGAAGUCGCCGUGAAGGAGUUCGAUCUCCCAAUAACGAAGGAAGAGUUCUACCGCCGAUAUACGGCGGUCGUCGAGAGGCACAUGAGAAACGUGGCUCUUCUCCCAGGGGUGAGGGAUCUGAUCCUCCACCUGCACGAAUACCGGAUACCCUUCUGCAUUGCAACGAGUUCGUUUAGACGGAUGUUCCAGGUGAAGAUGCAUCCCCAUAGGGACAUAAUGCUGGCCUUCCAUCACGUCGUCUGCGGUGAUGAUCCGGAAUUGGGAAAGGGAAGGGGGAAGCCCAUGCCGGAUAUCUUUCUCCUGGCUGCCUCGCGAUUCAAUCCACCCGCAGAUCCCAAGAAGUGCCUGAUCUUCGAGGACGCCCCAGUUGGUCUGAGAGGGGGCGUGGCAUCAGGUUCCCAAGUGGUUUUCAUACCCAAGCCCUUCGUCACCAAGCAGCAGAGGAAAGGCGCCACUUUGGUCCUGAACUCAAUGGCUGAAUUCAAACCCGAGCUCUUUGGCCUUCGUCCCUUUGACACUUGCUGCAAAUUCGAGUUCGGAUAAGUUCUCUAAGCACUCUAUAUUUACCCCUCAAAUUCUGAAUAAUAAAUCAAAAUUUAAGUAAAAAAA